AUGAAGUCGGCGCGUGCCUAUCACAUAUGAGCACUUGGAACUACACGGUGGAAUUUUGUUGAAUGCGUUGGGUUUAAAAAUGUACUACAUCACCCAGAGGUAGCAGCAAGAAAAAGAAGCACUUGACAGUUACUUUAACAUGAAGAUGAAUGUGAAAGAGGAGAUGUGUGAAGCUGACAUAAAUGCCAUGGAGAUGAUGACUGUAUGUUUUAAGGAGGAGGACAGUGAUUGGAAGUCUGCCCACCCUAACCAGAAGAGUCUCUGCAUUAAGGAUGAGGAUUAUGAAUUGGUUACUGUGGACUUUAAAGAAGAAAAUGGAGAGAUGCCUGUCAGCGAUGAAACACACAAACAUAAAAUUAUGGAGCAUGUGAAGCACAAAGUGAAGUCUGAAUUAUUGCAGUCUGACACAAAGAUGACUGAGGGGAUUUCAUCUGUUAUAACUCCAGAAGAUCAGCUACCACCUACAAAUCAGUCUGAAGAAAAUUUUCCAGAUAGUCACAGCUUCCACCAGUCUGCCUCUCCUCAAAUAUUUCUUCAGUGCAGACCACAACAGGCACCACAUGAGGACAAUGUGAAGAAAUCAACAUCUGGAUCAGAGAUUUUUACCCCAACUUCUCUGCAGUAUAAAUCUUCAACUGCUGUGCAACUAACAAGUAACGACACUAUUAACAAUCUACAAGGGGUGCACAGCACAAAUAAAAAUCUCUGCCAAGAUAUGAAGACUAAUUUUAAACACAAAUUUAGAUAUAACAAUGGUCAAUGGAGUCAUACAGGACAGAAACUUUAUAGCUGUCCUGACUGUGACAAACAGUUUUCAAAGAAGAGCAGCCUUCUGGUACACACAAGAACUCACACAGGAGAGAAGCCAUACUGCUGUUCUGAUUGUGGCAAACAAUAUUCAUCAAAGAGGAGUCUUCUGGUACACACAACAAUUCACACUGGAGAGAAGCCAUAUUGCUGUUCUGAUUGUGGCACACAAUUCUCAUCAAAAAGGAGUCUUCAAACCCACAUAAGAAUUCACACAGGAGAAAAGCCCUAUUGCUGUUCUGAAUGUGGAAAACAAAUUUCUUCAAAGAGAAGUCUUCUGGUACACACCCGAACUCACACUGGUGAGAAGCCAUAUUGCUGCUCUGAAUGUGGAAAGAAAUUUUCUUCUAAGUGCAGUCUUCAGACCCACAUAAGGAUUCACAAUGGUGUGAAGCCUUACAGCUGUUCUGAAUGUGGACGGCAAUUUUCACGAAUGAGCCAUCUUCGAAGACACAUAAGAAUUCACACUGGGGAGAAGCCGUAUUGCUGUUCUGAAUGUGGGAAACAAUUUGCAGACAGUAGCGGUAUUCUAAAACACACAAGGAUUCAUACCAGUGGGAAGAGUGUGAGGACUACAUACUACAAUAAUGGCAAACUUAAUAGAAUGAAAACAAAUGUGGUACAGGAAUGUGUUGUUGCUAAAGAUGGAGGUUCACUCCUGUAAUGACAGUGCUUAAAACAAACUUUGUGGAGAAUUCACAAAUGAAAUGGUUUUACUGCUCCAAAUGUAGCAAAUCCUUUUCUACAAGGAGCCAUUGCCAGAACCAUGUAAGAAUUCACAUUGGAAAGAAUCUGUAUUGGUAUUUAUAAUGUGGUGAUUCUCUUGUUAUGUAUAUACAUUUUCACAUUGAGCAAAAUCAUGAUACAUUUUCUGAAUGAAGCAGAAAAUCAUGGCAGUGUGGUCGAAAUUUAACAUUUGAAUAAAGAAACGUCGUCUAACAGGACAAUUCAGUACUCGGGCAGGAGAUUACUCCUCAGCAAAAUACCUUGGAGGAAGCAUUCUUCAAAAGCAGUCUGUUACAGCAUGGUCAAAGAAACAAAGAAUAGAGUUUAAUUUUAUAAACUGUUGAAUUUACAUACAGUGUCAGACAAUGCAUACAAUUUACUGUGGU